AUGCAAACUCGCUUUCAAAUCCGCUGUCGGGCCAGCUGUGAUCAGCGCAAGAUGGCUAGACAGAUAUGGAUGCCUCGUUGUCGUGUGGCCCAUUCCAGAAAACUACUAAUAAAUCUCACCUGGAAUGUGAACCUCGUCAAAGCAAGCCUCUCUCCUUCUGAUCUUCGAGCUCUGGCAGCCAAGAGUAGUCUACCACCUACCAACGGUCGACAAACUAAUUUCGUUAAUGGCCUCGACGCUGCUGUAUGUCCGUCCUUUGUUUCGUCACCUACAUCUCCAUUUCAAUUUCCUUUCCAAGUAACCACAACCACAACUAUGCCAGUACUCCCAGCAUCACUGACCCGUACGGCAACGCCGGAAAUUGUUAUAGAGGCACAACCUGGCCAGGGUUCCCAGCCGCCUCAUCUAGCUCCCACUUCUGCUGCGCCUUUCAUAAUUGACCAUCCUCUCAGCCAAAGCCAGCACCACCUACAUCAGCCACAGCAUAUAUCCGUCAUAUACCCUCGAACAGCAGAGCAGCAGGUCUGUUUAUUGACUUCGACAUCGGGUGCUUGCACUCAUUCAGAUUCCAAUCAAGACGGUUGUCUGAGGAAUGAAACCUCUUUCUCUGGCCCACUUAAACUAUUACGCAAUUCCAGACCACCCGUGUUUAUGACUCCUCCGCCACCAGCCUAUUCACCACCGCCAUCGCCGAUACACUCAUACUAUCCUUCUUCUUCAUCAACUUUUACUUCUUUUUCUCCUUCUGAUCAUUCUUUCUCUAUCCCUACAACUGAAAUGACUGCAGAACCGACUUCCGAAUCCGAUGUGAAGACGCAUCCUCAUUGUACGUCUUCCUACUCUUCGGCAUUGGCAGGCCCUGCUUCUAUUGAGGAGGUAGCAUCGCAAACAAAGAAAGCAGCCCAUUUGCUUGACAGUCCGUCCGUUACCCGAUCCCCUUGCCAGCCGAACCUAUCUGUUGAGGUUAGGCUCCCAACUCAUUCACUUGUGCCACCAAGCUCUCUCCUCGUAAACCCAGCCCUGUCGGGCAUGAAUAGCAACGAUACAAGAUGUCCGAACCACAAGCCUGUGAACAACUCUUUAGAAAUUAGACAGACUACUGACUAUGGAUUUCCACAUUCUAGCAGCUGUCUACCUGUCAUCAGUCGUAAGGUUGUCACUACGACCUCCGGGUUAAAUAUGCUAGAGGUGACAUCAAUGGCACAAUCUCCACAAGAACUGCAUUCCCCUUCAAUCGUGGAGACGACAAUCAUUCAUCCUUCUCAGAAGUUAGUCAGUUGGUCAGGUUCAAAAACUAGCCCCCACUUGGACAGUCAAUUUUAUCUGAGGUGA